CGAACAUAUCAGCAGGAGCCAUUUUAUUCCGCGAAUGAAACUUCCGAUUUCCUAAAAAACACAAGACAUUCUUCUCGACAUCAAUUGCAGUGUGUCGUUGAAUCGAAUGGUAAACCUUUUCAUACGGCAAUGCGAAGGAAUUGGAACACCCCUUCAUCCCAUCGUCACAAAGACUGCAGCAUGCUGUUGCUAUAGCAACCGUCGCUUGCCGCUGCAGUCCCGGUGUUUCUUUGCAAUACCUGUUUUUUGUCUCAGGUAGCCUGUAUGCUUUGGUACUUUGGCAACUGGUCUGUCUCCAUGGCUUAGUGUGCUGUAGCAGUUGGACCCAGGCAGAAGUCUCUCUUCUCCUUCAGCCCCUCUUCCAGUGGUGAUGGGGGGGGGGAAAAAUAUCCUAUUCUCUCUUCCCAUGCAGAGAUCAUCGUGACAUCACACCGGGACGGUAACUGCCCCUGCUGGUUACUAGGAAGCCCCCUGAUUUCACUCCCCCUGUGGAGAUGGAGCCCCAGGGGCUGCCCAGAACAGAGGGGGAUUAUGAGAUGUUGGGUCUGCUGGUGCCCAGUCCCCAGAGUGAGGCGGUCACCCAUGAGCUGGAGGAGCUGACCCUACAGCCCAGCAACAACCUGCCCCCCCUCAACGAACGCAAGAACGUCCUUCAGCUGAGGCUACAGCAGAGACGCACCCGUGAGCAGCUGGUAGACCAGGGCAUCAUGCCUCCUCUAAAGAGCCCAGCGGCAUUUCAUGAGCAGAUACGCAGUCUGGAGAGAGCCAGGACUGAAAACUUCCUGAAACACAAGAUCCGCAGCCGACCAGAGAGAUCUGAACUGGUCAGAAUGCACAUCCUUAAGGAGACUGGGGCAGAGCCCUCCCUGCAAGCCACCCAGAUGAAGCUGAAGAGGGCCAGGCUGGCUGACGACCUGAAUGAGAAGCUGGCCCAGCGCCCCGGCCCCAUGGAACUGGUAGAAAAGAACAUUCUGCCUGUAGAACCCAGCGUCAAGGAGGCCAUCAUUGUAAACUACCCCAAAGCGCUGGACACGUACGGGUUUGAUGAGGACAGCGGGGACGCCCUGUCUCCAGAGCAGCCGGCCAGCCAUGAGUCCAAGGCCUCCACACCCUCCCCUGGGGAACCUCGGACCCUAGAGGCCCCCUGCCCACCACCGCUGCCCACAAUCACCAACAACCACACAAUCCUACAGGUAGGACAUCCCUUUCCUGUUGUCACCCAGGCAACGGCAGACUUCCUCAAAGCUCACUCCACCCAAGAGCUGCCAGUCAGUCGCCCAGCACCCGCGUCUCAGCCUAUCAUCACUGUCGUUCCUUCAAAGCCAGGGCCCACCCUAGUGAAACAGAGCCAGCCCAAACAGCCGGGAGAGAGGAAUCGCAGUAAGAAGGGCAAGGACCCAAAGCCCCGGGUCAAGAAGUUAAAGUACCACCAGUAUGUCCCCCCAGACCAGAAACAGGAGGCCAGCGAUGCCCCCAUGGACUCAUCCUACGCAAAGAUCCUCCACCAGCAGCAACUCUUCCUCCAGCUGCAGAUCCUCAACCAACAGCAGCAGCAGCACUACAACUACCACACCAUCCUCCCAGCACCCUUAAAACCUGUAGCUGAGGGUCAGAACAGCGGUGUGAGCGGCCUGCCAACCUCUAUAGUGCUGUCCCUGCCUCCUGCCCCCCAUGUCACUGUCCCUCCUCCCACCCUUGUCCGUCCCAACAACAGCCUAUCCAACCGCAAGCCUGGCCACCUGCCUCCUAACCUGGAGGACAUGAAGGUGGCCGAGUUGAAACUGGAGCUGAAAUUGCGAAGCCUCCCUGUCUCAGGGACCAAAACUGAUCUCAUCGAGAGGCUGAAGCCCUACCAAGAGAGUCCCAGCACCCCGGCCCCUACCACAAUCCCAAACCCCGGCCCUAAAACCCUCCCCUCAGUUCCCAUAGAGGUUGGCUCAUCCCCUGCACUUCUACCUGCCCACCAGGUGGCACCAGAGAGCAUGAGCGCUACAGCCCCAGUGUCCCCAAUCCCCACAGAUCUCGCCACCUUCAGAGACGACGGAGGGAUGCCCAGGGUAUCCAAGCUCCUUUGCGACCCCCAGAGGGUGAGCCUCUGUCGGACAGGUGCGGGGAUGUCCCACCUUGGCCUGGGUGUUGUCCCGGAGGAGAAGGACCGGCGGCUCCAUGAGAAGGAACGUCAGAUCGAGGAGCUGAUGAGGAAGCUGGAGCAGGAGCAGAUGCUGGUGGAGGAGCUCAAGAUGCAGCUGGGGGUGGAGAAGAAGACCCAGCCCCUCCAGGGACCCUCAGACCCCGUCCCCAUGAUCCAGACCUUCAACGCAGUCAAAAUGGAAGGCAGGAUCCUUCCUAACUGCUCAGCCAUGAUUAACUCAACCCUGGCCCCCCAGACUCUCCCCACUGUGGUGAAGGUAGAGGAUGUCAUUUGUAACUCCAGACCCCAUUCCCAGCCCAAUCCAGCCCCCAGUCUGCCCCAGUUUUUCAUCAGCCACCAGGGGAGAGUGUCCCAGGUUCUAGGCCAGCCUGUUUCUCAGACCCUACUCACGGCCCAGGAUGGCUCUACUCAGAUCCUCCUUCCUGUCCUCCAGGCUACGUUGUCAAAUCAGGCCCCAGGUCUGAUGCAAGCCUCCAUCUCCCAGCUGCAUACCACCAAGAUGGAGACAACUAAUCACAACCACAUUUUGCAGACUGUUACAGUUUGUAACGGCUCUGGGAUGGUGGAGAACCAGACUAUGCCCGACAUGCCUCCCCAGUGUUUCCUGAGCAGCUCCCCAGAUAACAGGCUCUCUCCCCGUGGGGUUUCACCCAGCCACAACCUUUCCAAUGGGCCUGUUAACAAGUCCCCCUCUCCAUCCCAGCCCACCUUCAUCCUCCACCCCUCCUCCCUCGUUACCCAGCCCCCCAAGACCAGGGAGCCCCCUCGCUACGAGGAUGCAGUUAAACAGACCCGCAACCUGCAGCAGGCCAACAACCUCACACAGGUCUCCACAGCAACCAGCCAGCAGAUGGACGACCUGUUUGACAUCCUGAUUCAGAGUGGAGAGAUCACUCCAUUCAUCCAGCAGGACCUGUCUUCUCUAAGCACUAAGACUGUCCCUGUCACAGCCAACAUCACUACCCUCCCUGUCAACACCGCCCUGUUCAGAACCCCUCCACAGAUCCAGGUUGCUCCCCCUCCCACCCCUCCCCUCAACCCCCUGCUCCUCCCCAGCCUGGCCUCCGACAACCAGCUGGAGGCCUUCCUGGAGGGGACUCUGAACAACCCGUCCCCAACCACGGAUCCCCGCACCCUGGGUCUGAUAGAGGAGUUGCAGUCCCAGCUCCUGGAUCAACCCUACUCCCCAAUGGACACCUCAGAGCUGUCCUUCUGCGACUCCACGUCUCCCCCUUCCUCCCUCAACAUGGGCUUGUCCGACACAGUCCUGGACAACAUGGAGUGGCUGGAUCUAACCAUGCCGUCCGACUCCGCUGGGGGGCUCACACCCCUGGGGAUUCCUUCAGACUUCCUGGAUACACACGACCUGCAGCUGCACUGGGACUGAGGGAGAAGGGGGGAAGGAAGGAAGGAAGGAAGGAAGGAAGGAAGGAAGGAAGGAAGGAAGGAAGGA